AAAUAUGAACAUGCUCAUAGGGGUAAACACAUACAUAUGUAUGUAUACUCGUAUAUGUAUGUGUUGCGCUAGUUGACGCGGGAAGCUCAGAUCAGAUUAUCGAUCAUUCUAAUUCCAUAAUCCAUUCUACGACGGGAAAAACCGACUCGCUCCUUGUCAAAAUAUUAAAUACAUGCAGAAUAAUAUUUGCAUAUGUCACAAGUGUGGUUCUAGGGUUCUUAAUGCAUUUUUUAAAUAACAUCAGCCUGUUGAUCAAUUGUUGGCGCUCGUGUAUGUCACCAGGAUGGCGAUGGCGGCCUAGUGUAGUGGGUUUUUUUGUAUAGUUCAAAAUAUAUACAUACAUAUAUGCAUCUCCAUACAUACGUAAAUGUGCGAGGUCUGUGAAAAAAGAACGCUGCUUAGAUUCACGCUAGAGUGUGUGACUCGUAUUUCGAAUUUGCCUCGAAAUUUGUUUACAUUAAAUCGCUGACUCUUCAUCAAUACUCCCGUUACAUGUCAAUGUGUGUGUUCUUUUUCGUGUUCGUGUUUGGAAGCUCUUCCAGUAAUUCUGGGAAUCCAGCUCAUUUGGAUAUUGAAUUUGCAGCGCAGCGGAAACAACGCUCUUCUCCACAAUCUUUCUCGCAUCUUUGAAGUUUUUCAACGUUGAUUUCACCAAACGGGAUGUUUAACGGCAACUUAAGCAAACUGGAGGAGAACCCCCGUUGCCAGGGCAAUCGGAUUCUGAUCACUCACUAUGUCAGCCCCCAACAGUUCUGGUACAUCAGUGCCAAGGAUGUGGAGGCUUGCAGUGCGCUAGUGCGACAAAUGGAGCUGCAACUGCUCGAACACUGCAGGCCCGUGAACCAACGAACGUCCUACUGUGAGUUUCUGGAGGUAAUUGUGCGGUACAUGCUAGGCAGUCCCCCGAAGCUGCUCCGUGGCGUCAUUCGGAAGCGCAAGGGAGAGGAGUACCUGGUGUUUGCCCUAGACUAUGGCUUUACCAUUAACUGCACAGCCAGAGACCUGUGGUUGCUGCCCGAAAACCUAAACAAAAAAUUCUAUGACGUUCAAAUGGGAGGAGUGGCGUUCAUUACGCCCUAUAAUGGAAGCACCUGGACGAAGGCUGCACUGAGCGUCUUUGGUCAGAAGCUGGAGGAGGCCCACCUGUUAUUCCUCGACAUUAAAUAUCAGGGGCCCAUGAACGAGAAUUUUGGAACAUUAUGGAUAAAUUCGAACGGCCAAAGCGGCCAAGCUGUGGAUGCAGUCGUCUAUCUGGAGGAGCGACAAUAUGGACGCAGAGAGAACAGCAGCAACAUGCCUCCCUACCUCGAUCCCUUGUCCUUUGACUUGGCGGAUAUCAACGACGUGGAGCUCAAGGCAGGGUUGCGUGCCACAAAAAUAAUUCAGCUAGUGGCGGCCGCUCCUCCCUUGGCCAUCGAACAGAACCGCGCUGACUGCUCCAAAGCCCUGUCCAACACGGAAGUUCGAGUGGAGAGGAAUCCAAUCAGACAGACCUCAACAAGCAAUCAAAACUACCAAAAGAGGCGAAGUCAGCAGUGUCCCUCCAAGGAUCCCAUGAAGCUGGAUAGACUUUUGCAGCUGCGCAGCGAACAGCCCAUACCGGACGCGGCCCGGCGUCUGAGCAAGGUCAGCGGCUUAGACGGCAACUCUGUCCAAACGGCUCUCAUCAGCGGAUCAAGCCAAAAGGAAAACCUAGAGGAGAACGUGGAAAAAAGAAAUCAAAUGGAGGCACACGGGAAACUCGGCAAAGAAUCACCCGAUAGAGCAGGACCACAACUGGCCAGCCUGGCAGAUCGAUUAAAGGGGCUCAAGCUGACGAGCCGUCCCUCGAUGAGUGAAGGUUCUCCUAGCAGAUAUUCUGGAUUGUUGGCUAGUCAGGAAACCAUCCAUACGAAUAACCAACGGAGCGAACCCUCAGAGCCAAGAAGUAGUUUCUUGACCGCCUCACCUUCAGCACAGGACAUGGUCACGCGCAUUCUGUUUAAGGGAGAUGCCACAGCUGGGAAAGCCGAAGGAGCUCAGCCGAAACUAUUUCAGAGGAUAAACGUCUCAUUGGCCAGCAGGGUGUUGACCCACAGCUAUCAGCCAUCAGUGUCAGUGGACGUCGCCCGGAACUUGAGCGAGGCAGCGCUCGGGAAGGAGAUUGAGAGCGUUUUGCAGAAGCUGAACUACCGGACUCCUUUGUCCACGCAAUGCUUUGCCUGGCCACACCUCAUGAAGGGCAACUCCCUGCUGCUGGUGAAUGCCUCGGGCACAGGUCGCUCCUGGUGCUAUCUCCCGGCGCUCUGCUCGUUGGUGAUGCGCUCCAUGGAAGCAGAUGGAGAAAGUUUCAAGAGAGGGCCAGUGGCCGUAUUGCUUACCGAAUCCUCGGUCAACGCCAAGAUGCUGGCGAACCACUGUUCUCUUCUGAUGCAGGACUUCCAAACUCCAUUCUUCAAAGUGGUUAACACCCACGACCAAUCCGAGGUCGAUGUGGUCUCCAUGCUGCUCGGCUCGUGUGGCGUCCUCGUGUCCACACUUGCAAAUCUGAAUGCCCUGAUGGACUAUAAACGCAAGGGUCUACCCCUCUUCGAUCCAGCGUGUCUGAAACACGUAGUCCUGGACGACUACGAUCGCAUGCAGCUGGCUGCUCCACAUCUCCUGAACGAUGUUAUUAAUCGGCUGCGCCGUUUGCUGCCUUCGAAAAUUCAGCUCGUUCUGGUGGCCAAGCACUGGCAUGAGCUGGCGUUUCAGAAGCUGCUCCAAUGGACCCCGACUAAUCUGCUGAUCUUUGGGGACUUCCUUGAGGCGGCCGUGUACGGGGGCGUGAAUUUAACGAUGUGUGUGGGGCAGUCACAGAAAAAGGCCGCUCAGCUCCUAAAAUUCUUGGCCUCGCAGACGCCGCCACAGAAGCGAACGAUCAUAUUCUGCAACAGUCAAGAGGAGAUGGUGCAAUUGAGAAAUGUUCUGGUCGGAGCUGGACAUCAGUGCCUGACCAUCUCGAAAGCCCACGCGCAGGAACCACACGAACUGCUGCUGGUCUACGACGACAACCAACUGCAGCUGCGAGAGCGGAACAAAGAGCUACUCGUCCACUUUAGCCUCCCGGAAUCGUGGUCGAAGUUCGCUCUGCGAUUCCAUGUUAUGGCUGAUCGGGUGCCGAACCGUUUGGCCGAGCCGCUGGUCCCGCCUCCCACCAUUGCUUCCCACGUAAUGCUGGAUGAGAGCAACUCCCUGUAUGGGCCCUCUUUGCUAAGGUUCCUCAAUGUGCACGGACUCUCCACGGACAAUUUGUCGGAGCAGCUGUCCUUCUUUCAGCCUAAGGGCGAGUGCACUCUGAGGCAGGAAAUCAUGCGGCAGCACUUACUCAAGGCGGACACACAGUCUUCGAGUAAUCCUUGCCAGCAAUCCGAGGCCCUCGUGCGGCAGCACUUACUCAAGGCGGACGCACAGUCUUCGAGUAAUCCUUGCCAGCAAUCCGAGGCCCUCGUGCGCUGCAGGCUCUGCAAGAUCUACGACCCAGUUCACAUGGCUCUCUGGCCCACAGAAUACAUGCUGGCAGGCACUACGGCGUGGGUGGAGGCGCCCUUUCCGGCCAGUCGGUGGAUUGCAGAGGUGGAGAUGAGUGUGGGACCCAGCUCAAAGCAGCACCAUCCAGUCCGCGUCUCCGACGUCUGCAUCGUGCAUCACCAGGGGCUCCACAAACGAGUCCGCGUCAUUGACAUUCCCACAGAACAAUCGGUGACUGUGCAAUUGAUGGACCACGGCACGGAGCUGAUCCAGAUCAGACCCUGGCACCUUCUGGAGUGCGAUGCGAAGUUUACAGCUCUACCACUCCUGGCCAUGGAUGUUAAGCUGUCCUGUGUGGAGCCUGCGGCAGGACAGGCAAGCUGGUCGCCGGAGUCCCUCAAGUGGGUGCACGAUACGUUCCACGGUCUACAAGAUGGACAACACAUUCUGAUAACCGUGGACUUCUCCAUGCUCGACGUCGUCUACGUCAAGGAAAUCGCCCUGAUCGAGGAAUGCCCCUCGCUGCGCACCAGUGUGUACAGAUCUGUUCUUCGAAAGGAGUUGAUCGCGCGAGGAUUUGGCAAACUGGCGACAAAAAGCAUCGAUCAGGGUCCGCCGGCACCACUGUCCUGCAGAGGCUUGGCUUCGAUCAGCGAAAAAGUCAAGCCUCAGGUGAACAAAGAAGUUACGAAAACAGAUAUAAAGGAAGACCAGGUGAAAGUAGCAAUUGCAGAUGCCAAGGACAUCGUCACAAUGGAAGCCAGUAGCAGCGCAUUGGAGGAGCAGAACAAAACUCUGGAGAAAGCCGACUGCCCGAGUAAUCCCCCAACGGUUGAUCCAAUUUUAGACGGAUCUCAACGGGCGUUCCUGGAGCUGCUAAGGGGAGAGUUAGCCAACGAGAAUUCGUCAAGCGCAGAGACCCGUCGAUUCCUGCAAAGCAUUGUAGCUGGCGAUGAAGGGGAGGGUUCCAUGGCUCCCACAGAAACUGCAAAAACAAUCGAAAUACCAGAGCCGAGUCCAAUUCGUUGCGUAGAUGAUGCAUCACCAAGAACAUCAGUGCAAGAGCCAUCGAAGGAUCAGGUGAUGAAAGCCCUACAGUGUGCCAAGACAGUUGGGGAGACGACGGCCUGGCCUAUGGUCAAGUGGCACCAGACCCUCAGCCAAAUCGAACUCAUUUUUGAGCAGAAGGUGUCGGAGUAUGAACUGUUUGUUCGGGGGAACUUUCUGUCGUAUUUUGUGUCGGAGACCUCGCCUCCCCAGAGGUGCUUUAUGAAUCUUCUGGGCGAUGUGAGGAUCGCUUCGGAAAAGCAGCACGGUUACUCCCUGCAUGUGAAGCUGUCCAAAGUUGGCUCCCUGUUCUACUGGCCAACUCUUCUCAACUCGCUGUACACGCAGCAGCAUAGCCAUUGGUUGUCCUACGAUGUGGAGCGAGCCAAGGAGCCGCCCUCACCCAUGGGCCUGCUUCUGUGGGAGCGCCACAUGCGCCACGUGUGCACCAACGUCGAAUCGACUACGGAGGAAGAUUCUGUCGAUUCCGAUCUAUCAGACACGGCGGAAUUCGAUGAUAUAUAAGAGAUAUCUCCUUCCUGUCUUUUAUACACUUUAUAUUUGCAUUGUUAUUCUGAGGAUACUACCAAGCCUGGUCACAUACAUAUUCUAUUAUAAUUAUCACUAAAUACAGAUACAGCUUACAGAUCAGAUCAGCUUACUUCUAAGCUUAAUGGCCUACCAUUUACAGGAAUAUACCGAACAUAGUUUAUAUACAAAUGAAAAUCAGAUUAAACAUAAUUUUGGCUUCUACAAAAAAA